GUAUCAUAAAUUUUAUUUGAGAGUUAGUGAGAUUAUAAAAAUAAUAAUAUGUUGAUUAUGCAACUAGAUAUCGUUAUUCUAUUUAAAUCUUGGGCAGAGUCGUCUCUGUUUCUCCGUUGCUUCUUUCUCUCUCAACUUAGCUGUGUAUAUAAUUCUUCUCUUCCCAAACUUCAUCGUUGUUUGGUAAAGAUAAAGAUCAGUGAGUCAUAUUUCUUCUUCUUCUCUAAACAACAGAUUUUCCACGCGCUUGAUCGGUUUAAGUUCUUGAAUUACAAUCAAGAUCCAUGGCGGAAGAGCAUCGAUGUCAAACGCCGGAAGGCCACCGUCUCUGUGCCAACAACUGCGGCUUCCUCGGCAGCUCCGCCACCAUGAAUCUAUGUUCCAACUGCUACGGCGAUCUCUGCCUUAAACAGCAAGCCUCCAUGAAAACCACCGUUGAGACAUCCCUCUCCGCCGUGUCUCCUCCGUCAACGGAGAUCGCAUCCAUCUCUUCUCCGAUGAUCCAACCUCUCGUUCAAAACCCGUCAGCUGAACUGGAGGCAACGGUGAAGACGGUGACUGCGCCGCCGGAGCAGGAGCAGAAACGGCCGAACCGGUGCACGACGUGCAGGAAACGGGUCGGGUUGACCGGGUUCAAGUGCCGGUGCGGGACGACGUUUUGUGGGGCUCACAGGUACCCCGAGGUCCAUGGAUGCACCUUCGAUUUCAAAUCGGCCGGUCGCGAAGAGAUCGCGAAGGCGAACCCGCUGGUUAAAGCGGCGAAGCUUCAGAAGAUUUGAUCGGAGCCGUUCGAUGCGUUGACUUUCUUGUCUUCAUAUAAAACGCGUCCGUCCCGACAGAUGAUGUUAUUGGAUUGAUCUCAGCCGUUCAUCGUGGGUCAUAUAUGUAAAAGAUAUGUAUUUACAAAGAGACACGUCUCAUGUGGUUUAGGAUAGAGACGCGUUCCUCAUCUUCUCAAUUAAUUUCUUCUCCUUUCAGGAAAAAUAUGAAUAAGAUAUUCUCGCGUUGGCUUUUAUUUCUUUUACACCAUUAUUAAAAUUCGGUUUCCGGUUAAUAGCUAAAAGCUUAUUAAAUAUGUUGAAAAAAAAGAAGAAGCUAAAAGCUUAUUAUUUUACAAAGCCUGAGGACUAUAGUCUAUAAGUACUACUACAGUAGUAUUACUUGCAUUUUGGUGGAUGUAUACCUAGAGCUCAUUCUAAAACGAUUCAAAAUACAAUGAGCUCAUUCUACUUGCAUUUUUAUAGGAGUUAUUCUUAGGUUCACCCCCUAUGGUGAACCUAGAGGUUCAC